CCCAGUUUGAAAUUCUAACCAGAAGAAACGUGAAGAACCUUUAAUCCUACAUCGUUCACGUUGAUUUUUUUACCAUAAUCGUAAUCACCAAAGCGUUUCUUUUCUUAGAUCGAUACUUCCCCGGAUAGUUUUAACAGUGUUCGUGUGCGUCCCCAUUUUCCACCCUUCCCUAAUCUCAAAAUUUAUAAAGCGACCGAAAAUGGGAAACGCGGACAGCAUCCCCGUGGUAUCCCAGUUGAAAUCUGCUGUGCAGGCUGGUUGUGGGGACAUGAACGGCGCUCUGCAGACGCAGGAGAACUUUACGCGGCAGUGUCCAAUCAUCAGCCACAUGCGCAAUGCCAUUGAGGACGCUGUACCACCACAGGAACGCCGUCCAGACACCGUCUGCAACGCGCUGGCCGACGUGAUUCCUGGCGUGGGCCACAUUAAGGGUGCUGUGCAUUACGCAAUGGGUGAUCAUCCUCAGGGUGAACGCGCCAUGAAGGCCGCGAGCCGCUCCACUGCCGUCAUUGGAGGAACUAUCGUGGGAUUGGCUGUGGGAGGUUUGGGCGGGGCCGUUACAGGUGGUGACGCUGGAAAUCGUUAUAUGGACGCCGCGAUUGCCACCGCGGAAGAUGCGAUUAAAGGAAAGAUCACACCGGGCGAGGCAUUCGACGGGUGUGCCGCUCCGUUGCUGGAUACCGUGGAGAAGCAUCACAAGGCGGGUGCGAUGUGGGAUAAAGUGGAGAAGUCGACCGAAUCGUCCGAUAAAAGUCAACUCGUCCAAGCGAAGGGGGAGAGCGCCGGUAUGGGAGAAUGAAAUGAAUCAUUUGAAAUGGAUUCACAUCCCGACAGGACGUUGUGGUAGUUUGCUAGAUGGGUAAUUUUGAAGGAAGCUUCUGUUUCAUGUGGAAUAGAUCAGGGCAGGACCCGCACGGCUUGUUUAUUAAUUUGUUGUUCUUGUUAUGCGGUUGGAAAUUUGGCAUACGCUACGAAGCUCAGUAUCUGACUAUCUAUACAAGUAUUGUACAUAGCAUACUGCAGACUGUACUUGUACAUAGGACUAAAUCAAUUAUGAUGCUGGCACACGUUUCUGAAUAGUGUUUGA